UCCGCCCAUUUCUCUUCAGCAGGCGCAGAAAUUUCUUUCCGAAAAUUAAAAUAUAUAUUUAUUCCCUCUGCCCUGCCUCCUCUCUUGCAUUCCGACCCUUCCCUCGUCUCCUCCCACUCCCAUCCAUCCAUUUGUUCUUCUACUAUUCGACCCAGCCCACCACCGCUUUAAAAUUUAUUAGUAUUCGAGGGUUUUAGAGGAGGAACAAGGAGACGCAUUGAUAGAGAAGGGUAGAAUAAUAGGAGCAAUAGAGACGAAGAAGACGAAGACGGUGACGGAGAAGAAGAUGAGGAUUCUGGAGGACGAGUUGUUCCCAUCGACGCCGGGGAAGGUGAAGAUCGAGCGGGCCCAUGCGAUUAAUCGGCAGUUCCACCGUUGCUUCGCGUCGACGAGCACCAUGUUCCUGUGGGCGCUCUUCUUGAUCGCGCUGACGGCGUCGUACCUCAGCUUCCAGAGCUUCGUCGACACUUCGUCCAAGUAUUUCUCCGCGUCGUGGGGCGGCCUCCACUGGGAGAAGCAGAUCCGGGCCUCCGCCGAGGUCCGACGCCCGCAAGGGAUCUCCGUCCUCGUCACUGGCGCCGCCGGAUUCGUCGGCUCCCACGUCUCCCUUGCCCUCCGCAAGCGUGGCGACGGCGUCGUCGGCCUCGACAACUUCAAUACCUACUACGAUCCUUCGUUGAAGAAGGCCAGGAAAUCCCUCCUCGUCUCCCACGGCAUCGUCGUCGUCGAGGGCGACAUCAACGACGGCCGCCUCCUCGCCAAGCUCUUCGACGUGGUCCCAUUCACCCACGUGAUGCACCUCGCCGCCCAGGCCGGGGUGCGGUACGCGAUCGAGAACCCGGCGUCCUACGUCCACAGCAACAUCGCCGGCCUGGUGACGCUUCUGGAGGCGUGCAAGGCGGCGGACCCCCAGCCGGCGAUCGUGUGGGCCUCCUCCUCGUCGGUGUACGGACUCAACGAGAAGGCCCCCUUCUCGGAGUCGGACCGCACCGACCGUCCCGCUUCCCUCUACGCCGCCACCAAGAAGGCCGGCGAGGAGAUCACCCACACCUACAACCACAUCUACGGCCUCUCGAUCACCGGCCUCCGCUUCUUCACCGUCUACGGGCCCUGGGGCCGCCCCGACAUGGCUUACUUCUCCUUCACCAGAAAUAUUCUUCAAGGGAAGCCGAUCACGGUCUACAGCGGCAAGGAUCGCGUCGAUCUCGCCAGGGAUUUCACCUACAUCGACGACAUUGUGAAGGGGUGCUUGGGGUCGCUGGACACGGCGGAGAAGAGCACGGGGAGCGGGGGGAAGAAGCGGGGACCGGCGCAGUACCGGAUCUACAACUUGGGGAACACGUCGCCGGUGACGGUGCCGAUGCUCGUGUCGAUCUUGGAGCGCCACCUGAAGGCGAAGGCGAAACGGAACGUUGUGGCGAUGCCGGGCAACGGCGACGUCCCCUUCACCCACGCCAACAUCAGCUUGGCUCGAGCCGAGCUCGGCUACAAGCCGACCACCAAUCUCGAGACCGGUCUCAAGAAGUUCGUCAAGUGGUAUCUCCACUACUACGGCUACAGUCCCCGGGGAACCAAGAACUUGUAAAAAAAAUAUCCUCCAUUUUUUUUGGUUGCUCUUUACUAAUGUUUUUUGUUCUUUUCUUAGGGUCUUCCCUUAAUUAUGGGAUAAAAAACACUUGAAAUUCUUUGCUUGGAGAAGAGGGAAAGAAGGGAAGGAGAAAAAGGCUUUGCCUUUGAUGAUCCUGUACUCGUUGUGGGGAACUUUUUUUCUGUUCUUUCUUUUCUUAAUUUUGUAAAGGAAGGAUCGGGUUUUCCGGUUCCAUCAAUCUAUUGUUUUGGGCGGUGGAAUUUUUCCGAUAUUUAAUCUU